UUUCGUGCGCAGGUGAUGAAAACCUACCACAUGUACAACGCUGACAGCAUCAGCGCCCAGAGCAAGCUGAAGGAGGCCGAGAAGCAGGAGGAGAAGCAGAUCGGGAAGUCGGUGAAGCAGGAGGACAAACAGACACCGCGCUCCCCCGACUCCACCUCCAACGUCAAGUUCGAGGAGAAACACGUGCGGAGGAGCUCCGUCAAAAAAAUCGAGAAGAUGAAGGAGAAGCGCCAAGCAAAGUACACAGAGAACAGACUGAAGGCGAUCAAGGCAAGGAAUGAAUAUCUGCUGGCGCUGGAAGCCACCAACGCCUCGGUGUUCAAGUACUACAUCCAUGACCUGUCUGAUCUCAUUGAUUGCUGUGACCUGGGCUACCACGCCAGCCUGAACCGGGCGCUGAGGACGUUCCUGUCGGCAGAGCUGAACCUGGAGCAGUCCAAGCACGAGGGCCUGGACGCCAUCGAGAACGCCGUGGAGAACCUGGAUGCCAACAGCGACAAGCAGAGGCUGAUGGAGAUGUACAACAACGUUUUCUGCCCCCCCAUGAAGUUUGAGUUCCAGCCUCACAUGGGGGACAUGGAGUCCCAGCUGUGUGCCCAGCAGCCCGUGCAGAGUGAGCUGGUGCAGAGGUGCCAGCAGCUGCAGUCCCGCCUGUCCACGCUGAAGAUUGAAAAUGAAGAGGUGAAGAAGACCAUGGAGGCCACUCUGCAGACCAUCCAGGACAUUGUCACCAUCGAGGACUUUGAUGUCUCUGACUGCUUCCAGUACAGCAACUCCAUGGAGUCGGUGAAAUCCACGGUGUCAGAGACCUUCAUGAGCAAACCCAGCAUUGCCAAGAGAAGGGCAAACCAGCAGGAGACUGAGCAGUUCUACUUCACUGUAAGGGGCUGAUGCCUUUAAGAGGUU